UUCAUUCUCUAUAUAUAACACCACGUUACGUUCCUCCAAUUGCUCUCUCUUACUCUCACUCUCACUGUCCCUGCCCACCGUGCUCCUUUUACCAUAAUAACUCCCAUCACUCUCUGCCUCCCACCUCCUCUUCUUCUUCCCUGCAAAUCCAGGUGACCACUAAAAGCUAGAAGAAAAAGAAAAAAAAGCUGCAACUGAUUGUAUGAGAAGAUGUCGAAUCCCAGCACCGCCAUGAACUUAGAACAACACCACCACCAUCAAGACCCCGAAGCCUACACCACCAACAAUAACGGCGCCGUCCAAUUCGAUUCCCGCAAGGCCCUCGACGACGACGGCCGCCCCAAGCGAACGGGGACAUGGGUGACUGGGAGCGCGCACAUCAUAACGGCGGUGAUAGGGUCCGGGGUGCUGUCCCUGGCUUGGGCCAUAGCGCAACUGGGCUGGGUGGCCGGACCGGUCGUCCUCAUGGCAUUCUCCUUCAUCACUUUCUUCACCUCCACCCUCCUCGCCGACGCCUACCGCUCCCCGGACCCCGUCACGGGCCACCGCAACUACACCUACAUGGACGCCGUCCGGGCCCACUUGGGCGGCCGCAAGGUCCAGCUCUGCGGCCUGGCCCAGUACGGCAACCUCGUCGGCAUCACCGUCGGCUACACCAUCACCGCCUCCAUAAGCAUCGUGGCGGUGAAGAGAUCGAAUUGCUUCCACAAGGAAGGGCACGGGGCGGACAAGUGCCACGUGUCGAACACGCCGUACAUGGCGAUCUUCGGGUGCAUCCAGUUGGUGCUUAGCCAGAUCCCAAACUUCCACAACCUGUCGUGGCUCUCCAUUCUGGCGGCCGUCAUGUCUUUCGCCUACUCCAUUAUUGGGCUGGGCCUCUCCGUCGCCACGGUUGCAGGAGGCGACCGGAAGGGAGUCCGGACGACGUUGACGGGAGUGACGGUAGGGGUGGAGGUGACGGCGGCGCAGAAAGUGUGGAGAACGUUCCAAGCCAUUGGGGACAUUGCCUUUGCUUAUGCCUACUCCACCAUUCUCAUCGAAAUCCAGGCAAGUUCAUCAUCAACUUAUAUACUUCCUAGUUCCUACCUACUUCAUUGA